CUGUUUGGAGAACGGCACCUGGUAUCAUCAUCCUGUCAGUGGACGCGAGUGGUCCAACUACACAAAUUGCAUUGACUAUGAUGACUUAGAGUUUCGCAGCUUUGUAAAUGAGUUAUACGUGAAAGGAUAUGCUGUCUCCUUAACCGCCUUGGUGCUCUCACUUAUCAUAUUCCUUGGCUUCAAAUCCUUACGCUGCACACGCAUACGCAUACACGUACAUUUAUUCGCCUCAUUGGCAUUCACUUGCAUCGCUUGGAUACUUUGGUACAAAUUAGUGGUCGAGCAACCGGAUUUAAUAGGCAAUAAUCCGCCCUGGUGCAUUUUGCUACACUUCGUCGUACACUAUUUCAUGCUGGUCAAUUAUUUCUGGAUGUUUUGUGAGGGGCUGCACUUACAUUUAGUGCUGGUAGUGGUCUUCGUGAAGGACACUAUAGUGAUGCGCUGGUUUAAACUGUUUGCCUGGAUGUCACCGAUACUUUUCUUGUUGGCUUAUGGUGUAGCACGAUUCUUUCAUCCAGACGACAAUGUACACUGCUGGAUGGAUGAUAGUCUGCUGUUGUGGAUUUUAUCUGUACCCAUUUGCGCUUCGCUCCUGGCCAGUUUUGUCUUUCUCAUCAACGUCUUGCGCGUUAUUGUACGCAAAUUGCAUCCACAAUCAGCGCAACCAGCACCAUUGGCCAUAAGAAAAGCAGUACGAGCCACAAUAAUAUUGAUUCCCCUUUUUGGUUUGCAACACUUCCUCCUUCCUUAUCGACCGGAUACUGGCACUCCACUGGAACGCUUCUAUCAAAUACUGUCCGUGAUCUUGGUGAGCCUACAAGGAUUUGUGGUUUCGUUUCUCUUUUGUUUCGCCAAUCAUGAUGUGACAUUUGCCAUACGCAGUCUCUUAAAUCGCCUAAUGCCCGGACUGGUCUCACCGCCGCCGCCAGGCACACACACUGGACAGAUGGCCACCACAACGCCGAGUCGAGAGUUGGGAGUGUAAGGAGUUAGAAAAUUCGAGAGAAGAGCAAGUAAAGCUUGGAAAUACUACUGAGCGGGAAAUGAUUUUUAUUAUGGUCGCAAACUUUAAAGUGAAAAUUGAUUAGGAAGUGCGUUUCAAGUGAAGGUACAAAUUUUUUCAAAUAAUAUUGGUAGUUUUCCAAAAAAAAAACAUUUAUAAGAGACCAAAAAUAAUUUCAAAUACCAAGAAAAAAUAUAUUUAUUUUAUAUUAAGCACAAAAACUGUUCCAGAGGGUCAAACCAACUAUUCAAAUAAACUAUUUACAUUUAUUUUAAAGCAGGGACCACACGAUUUGUACAUUUGUACAAAUUUGUAUAUUUUGACAGUCACAGAGUGGUGUUGUCUAGAAAUAAUGAGUUCAGCUCAAUAACAACUUUCCAAAGAACAGCAAUCUGUAACUGUGAAAAUGUACAAAUCUGUAUAAAUGUACAAAUCGUGUGAUCCCUGCUUUAAACUCUCAAUUACAUACAGUUAUUGAUGUAUAACAGAUAAUAAAGCUUUUAAAUGUAUAAAAACCUAUGUAAAAACAUUACAGGUCGAGAAAUAUCAGAGAAACCAAUGUAGUAUUAAAAAUACAUAUAGCAGCCAAUAAAAAUUAAAUACAUGCAUAUAUGAAC